UUUUGACCUUAACCUUCUCGGUGGAGCGUGGUACCAGAUUGAAUACUUUCAGAAUUCAGAUAAAAUAUUUCUAAACAAAUUCGGUUGAAGUUUAAAACUAAAAUGUUUAAAGAGACGGGUUUACUGUUUCUUCUUUUUAUAAGUCCAGCAGUCUCAGCCCCUCAACCCCAGGAUAGUCUUGAGGAUAUAGUAGGAGCCAUUGGUGACUGUGUCCCUGGGUUUGAACUAAAAGAAGGUCAAGGAUGUUUCGAGAUAAAAGAGGAAAGUAUUGAUGAUUUGUUUGAUUGUGAGUCUGGUUUAGAACUUAAAGAAGGUGUUGGAUGUGUGCCAAUAGAGUGCCCCCCUGGAACAGAGUUUCUCGUACAAACUAAUGGUUGUACAGAAAAGUGCUCCGCUUCUGAGGAAUAUAAUAAAGACACCGACCAGUGCGAUCCUAAGUGCUCCUCUGAUCUAGAGUACAACAGUGAAAGGAUGACUUGUGUACCCAAGGACGUUUGCACUGAUCCAUUGGAAAUUGGGAAACUUGUUAGUAAUUCACAAGAAGAUGGAUUUGAUCUACGAAUAGGGGAUAAUUGUGAGAAACGAAGCUGUGCAGCCUACGCAGAUCAAGGUUUUGUCUGUGUUCCUUUCCAUAUCUGCAGAAAUCGUACUAUUGUAACUGAUGGUUCCAAACUCCUGGAUAUACGAGUAGAUGAUGAUGAAGAUAUCUCCGCUAAUGACGAUGAGAGCUGUUGUGUAAAUCGAAGUGGAAUUAUUGAUGUAAGCGACUCGAAGUGUAGGCGGGGAGAGGUCUGCUGCCUUAAUCCUGAUUACCGGUUAGUUAUAGAUUAAUUAGAUAGGACAAUA